AUGGAUUUUGCUUCCACGGCGGUAGCAUUAAGUUUAGCGUUAGUUUUAGCUGUAGUUGCAGUUAGACACCGUGCCCGAAGAUUGCAUGACAAGAACAAGAGAUACCAUCCUGUUGCCGAAACUGUCGUGCACCAACUUAUCAACUUCCCUAGGUUACACCAUUACAUGACUGAACUUGCGGGUAAGUAUAACACUUACAGGAUGCUCGACUUGUUCAAAGGUGCGGUUUACACAGCAGAUCCUGCAAAUGUGAAAUAUGUGCUCAAAACAAACUUCACUAAUUAUGGCAAGGGGUCGUAUAUGUACAACAUUCUGUCAGAUGGACUAGGUGAUGGGAUUUUCGCAGUGGACGGGCAAAAAUGGCGGCAUCAGAGGAAGGUGAUGAGCGCUGAAUUCUCAACAAAAGUAGUGAGAGACUUCAGCAGUGCAGUUUUCAAAACCAAUGCAGUUAAACUUGCUGGCAUAAUUUAUGAAGCUGCAACCAGCUGCAGCAACCAAGCAAUAGAGAUCCAAGAUUUGUUAAUGAAAUCAACCUUAGAUUCAAUCAUCAAGAUUCUACUUGGUAUCGAACUAGACAGCAUGAGUGGAAAAGAUGAAGAAGGUAACCGGUUUUCCCAUGCUUUUGAAUCAGGGCAAGAAGCUACCCUAUAUCGAUUGAUUGAUAUGUUCUGGAAGAUCAAACGCUUCUUAAACAUCGGUAAGGAAGCAGAGCUAAAGAAAAACAUCAAAGAGGUCGAUCAGUUUUUGUAUAAAUUAAUCAAUUGCAAGAUUGAAACUAUCCAGAAUCCAGAAGAUGAAAACAUAUAUGUGAGUUACCUUCCAUGUCAUCUGUUUGUUAUUGCUUAUAGAAGGAAUGAACUUGGUAUUUUAUCAUUACUAAUGUAA